UCCCAUUUCCAUGUGCAUCUCUUGACUGCCAGCCUUAUCCCACGGCUCGAGAUCAUUCGCCAGCCUGACACUUUUCAGCGCCCAUUCCGAGGUCCUAGAGCCAGAAAGCUGCGGGCUUGCCUCGGGAGACUCUGCAGCAACCUACAGCUCAAAUAGAAACUGGUGGGACGAUCGGCCAGGCUACCAGACCAUACUUUUAGGCAGAUAACAGCCUACGCCCCCACCGACAUGGCGCCUUUACCUCCCGACAUCAACCAUGAUGAAGGCGCCGCGCGAAGACAUCUGAGCAAGAAAUUGCAAAAAAAACGCAAAGAGGGCUAUCAUCCGACCAUGGAAAUACCUGAUCGGUUCAAGGACGGCGACGAUGGCGAGGAAGAUGUGGUCCCAACCCACCAGGGAACUCAGAUGUUCAUGAAUAUGAACCAAUCCAUCUUCGGAUUAAUUGCCGCCGCUGGCUCGACCGUCAACUUCAACGAUCGCUUCGAGGGCCAGUCAAGUGACGAAGACGACGGCGAUGACGACGACCAUAGCAGACUUUCGAAGGGAAAAGAGCGUGAAGAUAUAGCCCAGACACAGGUUCUUAAGAGGGACAUGAGCAACAAGGACAAGAAUGGAAAACACAGACGUCGGAUUUCUGGCCAAGUGCUGCGUUCGCUGCCUCAGCUCCCCAAAUUGACCGCAAGGUCAAAAUCUAAAUCUUCCAAACUCAAAGGCCCAUCUUUAACCUCCGCAUUCAAGGGCGACGGCUCAAGCUCACCGAACCUCGAAUCGGCCCGCUCGCCCACCGUUGAAGUCACCAAAGCUGAUCGCGAAGGACGGCUUGCGCCAGUCCUGAGCAGAAUCUUGGAAGCGCAGGCUGAGAUGUCGUCAAGGCCAAGCUUCGAUCUGGAAAGAUUGUCCGGGGACCAUCGGAGAGGCGGCGAAGCCACCAAUGCCGGUCCCAGCGCACUUGCCCAGAAAUUGAAGGAGAUAUUUGAGUUUGACCAUGCCGAGGAAGUCAUAGAGGAAUACCCCUGUUGGUUGCUCCAGAGUGUACUCUUACAAGGGUACAUGUACAUCACCGCCAAACACAUUUGCUUCUACGCCUAUCUUCCCAAGAAAGCUCAUGAGGUCGUCAAAUCGGGCUACUUAUCGAAGAGCGGCAAGCGGAAUCCCAAGUACCACCGUUACUGGUUCCGAUUGAAGGGCGAUGUGCUCAACUACUACCGCGAUGCAUCAAAUCUAUACUUCCCACAUGGGCAGAUCGACCUGAGAUAUGCCAUCUCAGCCAAUGUCACUGACAAGGAUAAAGACGCGCUGCAUUUUAGUGUAGUUACACAUCACAGAACAUACCAGUUCCGUGCCGAUAGCGCACCCAGUGCCAAAGAAUGGGUCAAAAGUCUCCAACGCGUUAUCUUCAGGUCUCACAACGACGGCGACAGUGUGAAGAUUUCUCUACCUAUUGCCAACGUCAUGGAUAUCGAAGACAGUCAGAUUGUCGAGUUCGCCGACACUUGCAAAGUUCGAGUCAUUGACAAUGACGAGACUUACGCCAUAGAUGAGUACUUUUUCUCUUUCUUCAGCUUCGGCAAAGAAGCAAUCAACGUUCUCAAGAUUCUCAUCGAAGAUGCCGCCGGCCAGGAAAAACCUGCUGGUGAGUUGGGCGUUCCACCACAAAUAGCUGAACGCGAUACGUCUUCAAAGCGGAGUUCCGUGAGCGCUUCACGAACCCAAGGUUCCGCUGGCGGUGGUGACCUCAAGUCGUCCAAGCUUCGAGAGAAUGUCAGAGCGACAUUAGUCCCCAUGUCGCCCACGAGUCCGCGAGAGCAUCAAAGUCCCCGAGCAAGCGGUGAAUUUGGGAGGGCCAGCUUCGAUGCGUUUCGCCAGUUGCGGCGGAGUAGUGUCGACCUUGACAGCCUAGUUGCUCGGGAUGUCUCUCCCCGCCGAAGUUUUAGUAUGAAUCGGUCGCGCAGCAUAGCUCGCGGUCAUCAACCACAGAUACCACCCGAGAAACAAGGAUCAUCCGAUUCAUAUGUUCAGUCAGUCGAGGAUCCGAGCUUUUCUAACCUCAUGACAUCGUCUAGCGACGACCCGUCAGCCAGCCAAAUUCUCAGAGGCAGCGAGGUUUUCCAUCCGACUCUCCAGCGCCGCUCUACAUCUCUCUCUUGGUCGUCGCGGCGUGAUAGGGCAGCCGAGCGCCACGAUCAUCGACACGAUGCGCUACAAGCCUAUCACGAGCGACAUGGUGCAACCAUCGGCCAUCUUGCUAAUCCAGGGGCUGGUGAAAAGUACAGCCUGGACCAGACUCUGCCGCCAACGCCGACGCUCCAAAACCUGGCGAAAAUGGGCUCGUAUCCUCUUCAGCGUGCAGGGCUCUUCGCAGACUACCUCAAUCAGACUAGCCGACGCAUGGGAAAUCUUCUUGCGGCCGAAUCUAUGGGUUAUGUGGAGAAGGUAUCUGGCAUGUGGAAAGGGGGCCGCAAACACUACGAUUCCCCCAGUGGCCUCAAGACGGACGACGAGCUAGAUGAUGAGACAUGUGACGAAGAAGGGGAGGCAAAACUACAGACGGCUAUGGAACGAUUCCGGGAACAUUUUGCCCUGCCUGAGAUGGAAAAGCUCCAGGCCACCUAUUUCGGCUACAUGAUCAGAGUGCUACCGCUUUACGGCAAGAUUUACAUCAGCGAUCGAAAUUUCUGCUUCCGAUCGCUUUUGCCUGGCACGCGCACAAAAUUGAUCCUGCCUAUCAAAGACAUUGAAACCAUCGACAAAGAAAAGGGGUUCAGGUUUGGCUAUUCGGGUCUCGUUGUUGUCAUCCGGGGGCAUGAGGAGUUAUUCUUUGAGUUCGGCCAGGCCAAGGACCGCGAUGAUUGCGCCAUCACCAUGCUUCGACACCUCGAAGCUGCUCGAUAUCUCAGGGAUGGACUUGCGACUGAUGGAGGUGUCGACGCAAAUGAGGAGACUGAACAGAUACAGGACGCCAUGGCUGAACGUGAUGCGCUUAGUCAGGCCCGGCUGCGGGAGAACCCCGAGCAUGAGAUCAAACUUCCGCAGCAAGCCUCCAUCCUCAGUGACUCGUCACCCACAAUCCUCUUUGAUGAUCCUAAGGCCUCCUUCCUCAACUUCAAGCCAUCCAAGAAGCUGACCAUUACCUGUCUUACUAUUGGUUCGAGAGGUGACGUCCAGCCCUACAUCGCCCUCUGUAAAGGACUUAUUUCGGAAGGUCAUUAUGCCAGGAUUGCCACACAUAGUGAGUUCAAGGACUGGAUCGAGGGCCACGGCAUCACAUUCGCACCUGUGGGCGGCGACCCCGAGGAGCUCAUGCGCAUUUGCAUCGAAAAUGGAACCUUCACUUUCUCCUUCCUCAGGGAGGCCAACUCCAAGUUCCGCGGAUGGCUAGAUGAGCUGCUUGUUUCUGCCUGGACGGCAUGUCAAGGUUCUGAUGUGCUGAUUGAAUCACCUUCGGCUAUGGCUGGCAUACAUAUUGCCGAGGCUCUUCAAAUCCCCUACUUCAGAGCUUUCACAAUGCCAUGGACCAGGACACGUGCAUACCCGCAUGCAUUCAUCAUGCCAGAGCACAAGAUGGGGGGGGCAUACAAUUACAUCACAUACGUCAUGUUCGACAAUGUAUUUUGGAAAGCCACGGCUGGACAGAUAAACCGGUGGCGAAAGAAGACGCUUGACAUUCGCCCCACGAGUCUGGAGGCUAUGAAGGUCAACAAAGUGCCGUUCUUGUACAACUUCAGUGCGAGUGUGGUGCCGCCGCCCCUGGACUGGGCUGAUUGGAUUCGAGUUACCGGUUACUGGUUUUUGGAUGAAGGAGCCGAGGGCUGGACGCCGCCCCGGGACCUCGCCGACUUCAUCGAGCAAGCCAGAAAGGACAAAAAAAAGUUGGUAUACGUGGGCUUUGGCUCCAUUAUUGUACCGGAUCCGGCCAAAAUGACACAAGAGGUGAUUGAUGCUGUGCUCAAGGCAGACGUCCGGUGUGUCCUCUCUAAAGGUUGGUCCGACCGUCUUCCCAAGGAAGCCAAGAACGCUUCAAGUGCCGAAUCCACAGAAACACAGGCAAAAGAGCCUGAGCUCCCGCCCGAGAUUUUCCAGAUCAAGUCGGCGCCGCAUGACUGGCUUUUCGCCAGAAUAGACGCUGCGGCACACCAUGGUGGCUCCGGGACGACGGGUGCCAGCCUCAGGGCUGGAAUCCCGACCAUUGUCAGACCCUUCUUUGGCGAUCAGUUCUUCUUCGGUGCAAGAAUUGAGGAUUUGGGUGUGGGUAUUUGCCUGAAGAAAUGGGGCACCAACAGCUUCGCCAGGGCCCUCUGGGAGGCGUGUAAUAGUGAGCGGAUGAUUGUAAAGGCUAGGGUACUUGGGGAGGCCAUUCGUAAUGACAAGGGCGUCGAGACAGCCAUCCAAUCCAUAUAUCGCGACCUAGAUUACGCCAAAUCGCUCAUCAUGGCCAAGGUUGGCAAGCAUCCUUCCCACUCUGCUCAUCCUUCCUCCUCUUCGAACGUGGACAACACUUCGAAUCCAGAAGAGGACGAGGAAGAAGAGGAAGAGAGCUGGACCUUUGUCGGGGGGGAUGAGAUUGACCCUGAGCUGGUCGUCAAGAAGAGCGCUCUUGGUGAGAUGGAAGCCGCCAUAUCCGGCAGUGCUGGCCGAGCUCUUGGUAGCCGUGUACUCAGUGGUAUGGGUAAUGGGGGAAGCAGCAGUAGUAGCAGAACGCCAGCUCCGAGGGCAGGGUCCUAGUCGGGCUCUUGCACGGUUAGUUAGGGAGCUGGCC